AAAGCUCAACGUCUCCCAAGCGCUCGCGAGAGUGCACUCGUCGUCCCCUCUUUCUUUCUUUAUUGUCGUUCACAAUACUUUCGUAGGCUGGUGCACACUUUCUUGGGCGACAGAUGAACAUAUUUGCCAGCGUUCGCGCGGCGGCAGCGUCGAGCUCGGCCACACGAGCGUCGGCGUCAGCACAUCGCGUGCUGCGAGCUCGGACGACACUGCGACCGCGUAUACUCCCAGCCAUACUCGAACGUCGGUCAUGUUAUUCGACGGUCGUCGACUAUUAUUCUCCCUCGGGACACGACCGACUACGUCUCGAUGAUGGAUCGCGAGGCGAAUCCGGGAGCAGCAGUUCGUCUGAGUCAUCUGCACCACCCUCUUCCUCGUCUUCAGGCGACAACCCGGACGGUUCAGAUCCACCAGACUCAUCCCCACCACCACCGGAAUCCCCACCAAACCCAUCACAACCGGCAGCCACGUCUAUUUCGCGCCAAUCCGUACCCGAAAUCUAUCCCCAGGUCCUCGCUCUACCUAUUGCUCGAAGACCGCUCUUCCCUGGUUUCUACAAGGCAGUCGUCGUUCGUAACCCACAGGUCGUCGCUGCGAUCAAGGAGAUGAUGAAGCGCGGCCAACCCUAUCUCGGUGCUUUCCUUCUCAAGGACGAACAGGCAGAUUCAGACGUCAUUACGGAUAUAAACUCGGUUCACCCUGUCGGCGUUUUCGCGCAGAUCACGAGCGUGUUCGCGGCGAAUACACCAGGGGCGAAGGAGGAUGAGAAGGAAGAAGGCUUGACGGCUGUGCUUUAUCCUCAUAGACGGAUUAAGAUUACGGAUCUUGUUAAGGCUGGUGGUGGCGUGGAAGCUGCUGCACCUUCUACGGUCAAGGUCGAGAGCGUCGCUGAGGAUACACCUCAGCAGUUGGAGACCCCACCUUCGACGCCGAGCACGGAAACUGGUGAUCUGCCCGCUGAUCAUGUCUCCAAGAUUCAUCCGACUCCGUUGCAGACAUCGUUCCUCCAGGACUACGACAUCUCCAUCGUCAACAUCGAGAAUCUCACGACUCAGCCGUUCAACAAAGACGAUCAGUAUAUUCGCGCCUUCAUGUCCGAGAUUGUUUCCGUCUUCAAGGACAUUGCCCAGUUGAACCCGCUUUUCCGAGACCAGAUCACCAACUUCUCGAUCAACCAGGUCGCCUCGAACGUCUUCGACGAACCGGACAAACUCGCAGACUUCGCGGCCGCAGUCUCUACCGGCGAGGUCGGUGAACUGCAGGACGUGCUCGAGAGUCUCGUCGUCGAAGAUCGGUUGCGCAAAGCCUUGUUAGUGUUGAAGAAAGAGCUGAUCAACGCGCAGCUGCAGAGCAAGCUUUCGAGGGACGUGGAUUCGAAGAUUGCGAAGCGGCAGAGGGAGUAUUACUUGAUGGAACAGCUGAAGGGGAUCAAGAAGGAACUGGGUAUGGAGAGCGACGGGAAAGAUAAGUUAAUCGAGAAGUUCAAGGAGAGAGCAGCAUCGUUGAACAUGCCCGAAAUGGUCAAGAAGGUAUUCGACGAGGAGCUGAACAAGCUCGCUCACCUUGAACCUGCUGCGUCCGAGGCAAAUGUCACGCGGAACUACCUCGAUUGGCUCACCCAAAUUCCCUGGGGCCAACACUCCACCGAAAACUACUCUAUUUCCCACGCCACCCAAGUCCUCAACGACGACCACUACGGCCUGAAAGACGUCAAAGAGCGUAUCCUCGAGUUCCUCGCUGUAGGCAAACUCCGCGGCACAGUCGAAGGUAAAAUCAUCUGUCUCGCCGGUCCUCCCGGUGUCGGCAAAACCUCCAUUGGCAAGUCCAUCGCGCGUGCGCUCAACCGCCAGUUCUUCAGGUUCUCGGUCGGUGGGUUGACGGACGUGGCGGAGAUCAAGGGACAUAGGAGGACAUAUGUGGGCGCGUUGCCGGGGAAGAUCAUUCAGGCGUUGAAAAGGGUGGGCACGGAGAAUCCGUUGGUGUUGAUUGACGAGGUGGAUAAGAUUGGGAGAGGGAUUAACGGGGAUCCGGCGAGUGCGUUGUUGGAGAUGUUGGAUCCGGAGCAGAAUACGGCGUUCUUGGACCAUUAUAUGGACGUCCCGGUCGAUCUCUCUCGCGUUUUAUUCGUGUGUACCGCUAACGUCCUCGAUACCAUCCCCGCGCCACUCCUCGACCGUAUGGAGGUUCUCGAAGUGAGCGGCUACGUUUCUGAGGAGAAAUCCGUUAUCGCGGACAAGUAUCUCGGCCCUCAGGCCAAGGAGGCUUCCGGAUUGAAGGAUGCCGACGUCGUUCUCGACCCGACCGCAGUGGACACACUCAUCAAGUACUACUGCCGGGAGAGCGGAGUCAGGAAUCUGAAGAAGCACAUUGACAAAAUCUAUCGCAAAGCUGCGUUGAAAAUUGUCCAGGAUUUGGGCGAAGAGGCCUUCCCUGAGGCCGCCGCUGUUUCUGCCCACCCCACGGACGCCCAAGGCAAUCCGAAGUCCGUCGAAUCUGCGAACCCACCACCGAACGAACCUGCCGCGCCUGAAACUUCCACCCCUUCCCCUGCUACCGCCACAUCAUCUACCGCCACCACAACCUCUGACUCUUCGCCUGCGGCUUCCGAGACGCCAUCCACCGAAAACACGGAUAAAUCUGUGUCGACGGAGGACAAGGAGAAGUCUGUCACGACCGAGGCUCGUAAGCCCCUGAAGGUUCCGGAGACCGUGCAUGUGCGGAUCACACCAGAGAACUUGAAGGAUUAUGUGGGUCCGCCGGUGUAUUAUAAGGAUAGGAUGUAUGUAAGGGCGCCACCACCGGGCGUAAGCACCGGUCUUGGGUAUUUGGGCAAUGGAUCAGGGGCAGUCAUGCCAAUUGAGGCUACGACUAUGCCAGGUAAAGGCAACAUACAACUGACCGGUAAACUGGGCGAAGUCAUCCGCGAGUCGGCGCAGAUCGCGUUGAGCUGGGUGAAGGCGCAUGCGUACGAGCUUGGGAUCACGAAGAAUGCGGAGGACCAGUUCUUGACGGAGAGAGAUAUCCAUGUGCACAUGCCGGAGGGUGCGAUCGGGAAGGAGGGGCCGAGCGCGGGGUGUGCGUUGACAAGCGCGUUUGUCAGUUUGUUUACGAAGACGAGGAUCAGUUCUGAUAUCGCGAUGACUGGCGAGAUCUCGCUCGUUGGCCAGGUCCUCCCAGUCGGUGGUCUGAAGGAAAAGAUUCUCGCUGCGCAUCGCGCUGGUAUCAAGACUAUCCUCGCCCCAGCCGCUAACAGGGCAGAUAUUGAGGAGAACGUCCCGGAGAGCGUGAAGACGGGCAUCAAGUUCGUUUAUGUCGAGGAUAUCAGGGAGGUGCUGCAGGAGGUGUUCAAGGGGAGCGAGGCGGCGGAGAGGUGGAAGGUGACGUUGCCGGUGGAUAGGGACGAGGAUGGCAAUGUUUACUCUUAGAGGAGGACGUUCUGAUUUACUUUCUGUGUGUCGAUGCCCGCACAACACCAUCAAAUUCCAGCAGUCACCCCACACAUACACACCCACGACAUUCACCACUUGCCACCUAUACAUGGAGGCCCUCAUUCACCCCCACGCUUUCCAUUCGAUGAAUACCGACCAUUGCUGAAUGCGAGCUAUCUAUAACCUCCUCACUACACCUUUACCAUCUGCUUUCGCGUACGUAGCAUUAUUAUCUGCAUGUAUUUUAGAGUCUCCGGGUUUGCUUCCUUGCUCGCUCUCCCACCUGCCAUCAUAACACGCUCUCAACUCAUUUC